CAGACAUAAUCUUCCAUCUUUCAGAGAGGAAAGACAAAUACAUUGCUCUGAUAAAUCAAACUGUGGAGCUUGAGAGGAGAAUAGGACAGCUGAACACACCCCUGGAUUUUGUAUUUCUUCCUCUCUAAAAGGACAGCAUUAAGUGAAGAUUACCCCAAUAGUGCAGGUGAUGAUAUGGAAGCAUUGGUCUGAUCAGUUCUCUAAAUCACCUCCACAAUCUUUUUACUUGGAUUUUGACUAUGGGACCACUGCAUGAACCAGGAUGGCAGAAGAGAAGCCGAACCAAAAGUUGUGGGGAAUACCAGCACUCCAACAAGUCCUCUCAGCGCAGACAGUCGGCUCCCUCUAUUAUUCUCAGCAAAGCCCUUACAAAGUCAAAACCUGUCUCCAGGGAUUGUGUAUCUCAGGUUAGCCAUGACACUUACGCCCUGAUCCAGUCUCUGCUCACCCCAACGAGAAAGCUCAUUUCCCAAAGCAAUGUUCUACUACAGAGAGGCCUUCAGACCCAGGACAGAUUCCUCAUCCUUUUCACAGAUAUCCUCAUCAUCACCAAGGCCAAGUCAGUAAUGCAGGUGAAGCAGAAGGCGUGUGUGCGUGUGAGUGAGAUGUGGACAGCCAGCUGUGUGGAUGAGGUGUGUGAGGCCAUUACUGAUUCAGAGAGGAGCUUCGUCAUGGGCUGGCCAACUUACAACUGUGUGGCUACAUUCAGCACUUCAGAAGAGAAAGACAGGUGGCUGUCUCUCAUUGAAAGUUGUAUAAAAGAAGAGAAAACGUGUGACGAUCCAAAGAUGAUUCCACUCAAGAUAUUUGCAAAGGAUGUUGGAAACUGUGCAUAUGCGAAGACUCUUUUGAUCAGCAACACAGACUGUACCUCUGAUGUCAUUAGCACAGCACUGCAACAGUUUGGUCUUUCGGGUGGAAUAAAAGAUUAUAAGUUGUGGGUAUGUUCAAAACAAGAUGAAACUCCAUACCCUUUAAUUGGUCACGAGUUUCCUUAUGGCAUAAAGAUGAGCCACAUUCGCCUGUUGCAGCAAGAUGCAGUGACAUCAUCCUACAGCCAGAUGGCGCUUGUACCUAUUGAUGCUCACUGCCAGUUCUUCCUGAGGCCUAGUCGUAGUCAAAUAAAAAACACCCUCACAGAGCAGAAAAGUAGCAGGAGGAGGAUGUCUCUUAUUAGCUGGGCAUUUAAACGAAGCCCCAGCGUUGAACAGGCUUUCCAGUCAGAAUCUCCCGUCCACACCAUUACUCCGGGUUCUGGUCAUCUGUUUGGUCGGCCGCUCAGUGAAGUGAUAAUUGACAAUACCCUGCCAUCACCCAUUGUGGAUAUGCUGAAGUGUUUGUGCAGCGAGGGGGCCGUGACUCGUGGUAUAUUCCGGCGCUCUGCCGGAGCGAAGGUCUGCCGAGAACUGAGGAAAAAACUGGAUUCUGGUGACUAUGGAGAGCCACUGAGUGGAGAAUCUGUACUGGUUACCGCUGCAGUGUUUAAGGAUUUCUUACGCAAUAUACCUGGCAGCCUGCUGUGUGAGGAUCUCUAUGAGCAAUGGCUUCAAGCAGUGGAGCAAGAUGGAGAAAGAGAUGGUCUCAUGAUGGAGAGGAACAUGGUUCAGGAAGUUCAGAGGCUUGUUCAGCUCUUGCCUAAAGAGAAUGUCCUGCUGCUGAGAAACAUCAUAGCGAUGCUGUACCAUAUACAACUCAGUGCUGAGCACAACCAGAUGAACUCUUUUAAUCUGGCUGUGUGUAUAGCACAUAGCUGUCUGUGGAAUAGCAAUCAACAAUCCCAGGAAAAAGACGCCAAAAAGGUGUGUGACAUUGUGCGUGUCUUGAUUGACAACUGCUGUGCGCUGUUUGGGGAUGAAAUUAUAACCCUCUUAAAGGAUUUGACUGAAGAUAAUAGAAGCAACCACGGAUCAGUUGGGUCCCUGCAGCAGAUGUCAGACUCAGGUUAUGAGAGUCUCAAGAAUGAGGUAAAUACUGACACGGAGGAUAUUUCUAAGACCCGUCCUCUUAAAGACAGUCGUAGUAUGGAUUGUGACCUUGAAUGUCCAGAAAACAACCUGGCGUCUCUCAACCCACUGGCACAAAUCAGGAACUUUACACCAGCUGUGCGUCAACCCCAAUCCCUUAUAUUACACAGGCACUCCAUGCCUACCAUUGCUUUGAUUUCUCAUGAGCAGAAAGAAACCUCAGAAAGUGGAAAAUAUCAAGAGUUUGAGAGACCUGAUGAGGUCAAUGAUAACACAACUUUUUUGGAACACAACUUCAAGCAACUGAAUUUCAUGAGAGUAAAACAAACUUCACCGACCUCCAGUGUAUCAUCCCCAGUAACGUCACCAACAGGCUCAUCUCUGAGUUCAAUGGACAAUCCCUUUUCUCCUCAGAGCUCUCCAGCCAGGGGACAGUCUGAUUGGCUUGCUCUAAACAACACAGAUUACCAACACCCAAUCACCUCGCCGAAGGAGAAACAGUGUCAAGCACAUCAUCAGAGGAACGUUGCUGAAAUUGAGGGGGGUUUACAGCCAAAAGUGACCAAAAAUCCUCCUCCUUAUCAGCAGGCCUUACAACAGCUGAAUAGAAAACUAUUCUCACAGACUCCCACUCGAACGCCUGAGAAAACCACAGGGCAGCUACAUAAAGGAAAAGGGCUUUUCUACAAGGGGCCCAGGAGCCCCACACACGGCCCUUUAGGAGACCACCAGGUGUCCCCUGCUCCUCAGACCUUCAGGUUUGCCGAUCAAACCAAGACAGAAGAGGAGGUCAAGCUACCACAGAGUGUGUUUUAUGGACAGAGCUGCAAGUUGACGGUGCACAGUGUCAAGGGACAGAAUGCCGGUUCGAAGUCUAGCAAAAUCAACGGGCAGCAGUUGAGGUUUAAAGCACUUGAUUCGCACCCCUCCUCCGGGAAAAUAGUUGGGGACUGCUUUAUGGAUACUUCCCCUCUCGGAGAGGGGCUGACAGACAACCAGGCUAUUGGGAGAGGCCGCAGGCUCAGCUGUUGCAGUAGCAGCCAGUGGGUUGUGUGA